AUGAGCGAAAGCAGAGAGGCGUCCUCCCUGGGAAUGAUGGACUCGGCGUUCUUCGUGAGCCGAAAGGAGCUAAUCGAGUGGGUGAACAGGACGCUAAAGCUGAACGUAACUAAAAUAGAGCAAUGCUCGAAUGGAGCGAUCUACACGCAGCUCUUGGACAUUCUCUUCCCCAACAAGUCAGUCCUCCACAAAGUGAAGUGGAAUGCCAAGCUGGAAUACGAGUGCAUAAUCAACUACAAGCUAAUUCAAAACGUUUUCAACAAAAUUGGGAUUAAAAAACAUAUGGACAUAGAUAAAUUAAUUAGGGGAAAAUAUCAAGACAAUUUAGAAUUCCUCCAAUGGUUUAAAGCUUUUUUUGAACGCAUCAUUGACUAUAAUAAUAAAAACGUAAUUAACUAUGACCCCCUGGAGCGUCGUAAAUUGUGCAUCCUUGGAGAUAGGGGAGAUUAUAAGUUACUGAACAGCUAUUUGCCCGAUUGGGCCAAGGUAGAUAUACAUAUUGGGAAGGAGAAAAUAAUGAACCACGAAAAUAGGACUUGUUCUAAUGGCCCCAAACGGAACAAUGAUCACAGAUCCAGUGUCAAUCGGGACAACGUCACCUCCAGUGUUGCUACCCGUGCCGCCACGUCUUCCAGUAACAACAGCAGUACUGCUAAUCUGUGUCAUUCUCACGUAGGGAGGCAACCUAUGAAGACGGAGAAACGGUCCACCUUGCUCACCACGACAGGGGACAACAACUUGAAUUCCCAUUCGUGCAAGGAGAUUCACUCUUCUAAGAGGCACCCUAAUGGAGCAACACAUCGAGGGAUAACCCCCACAGGGACACACCUAGGAAACCAACUCCGCACGUCGACCUCCACGAACAAACGGAACUCCGCCUCAGCAAAACUCUCCUCGCGAGGCUCACUCUCCUCAUCGACGUACUACCACCCCAACAAAAGUAAUACCCACAUGGAUAACCACAAAGAUGCCCUCUCUCUAAACGAACAAAACAGAAAGUACAAAGUCCAGUUGGAAAAAAAAAACAGCGAAAUUGUCUCAUUACAAAAUAAAUUAAAAACUCAGGAAAACGAAAAAAAACUUUUACUUUUCCAAAAAAAUUUUUACUACAACAAGUUGAGGUUUCUUGAGCUGCUCUGCAACCAGACGGAUGACGACGCUCUGCUGGUGAGUGACAUACAGCACAUCAUCUAUGCGCGCGAGAAUACAUACUUCCACCAGACUAUAUCUCUUGGGGAGAAAGCCAACGUGAAUGGGGUAGAACCCAGCGAAGUGGACCCAAACGAGGUGGAAGCAGCCCACUCGGGGGAAGCCUACGCCGAGACUGAUAAUGAAGCCCCCCUGCCGCACGCCCACGACCGCUACAACACGCACGACUUCCCCGAGCAGACCGACCUCAUGCAGAACGGCGAAGUGGAGCAGUACGCGGGGCACUACAACAACCAGCGUUCGAUGGACUUUCCCACCUACUGCUAG